AUGCUUCACAAGGCGAUGCUUCGGGAACGUGUGGGCAAACGCGUGGAGGCGGCCGACGUGGACUUCGGGGCCUUCAGUUGCGUGCACUUCUGGAUCGAGGACCGGGGCUUUGGCUCGGAGGUGAAUAACUUGGUCUCGGCGGCCAUCGCCUGCGAGGAGCACGGACUGGCCUGUGUGGUGGAGGAUGAAGUCUGGAACUCUGGGCGGCUGCACACCUAUUUGGAGGCUGAGCCGCUGAUUUUGCGGCGCUGCCCCCAUGCGGUCUGCCGGCCCUGCGAUGUACGCCGCGACCGGAGGGUAGCGACACCAGGUUGGUUUGCCGUUUGCAAGCACGCCAGUCGCGUACCCUUCGCCAAGAAGUCCAAGUACAUGCGGCGCAUUUGGCGCUAUACCAGCGAGACCAAGAAACGGAUCGAGAGGCUCAACGAGGAGUUGCGCUUGCCGGAGUCCUUCAUCGCUGUGCAGAUCCGCCGGGGCGACAAGGUGGCCGGCAAUCGCAAGGAGAGUGUCUCCACCACAGGACGGGACUUUGCUCGAGAAGCGCUGAAGCAUGUGACAGCUUCCUGCUCGGUCAUCGUGGUGUGCAGCGACGACCGCUCGGCGGCCGAGGAGCUCGCCCAGGCGGUGCUCCUCACACGUGGCGGUGGAGCUCCUCGUGCCGAGGUGCGAUGGCGCCAGCGGGAAGACGUGCCGGAACAUCUGCGGAAUGGUCAUUGGCAGGCGGAUUACAACGCCCUCUCGGCCAAGCAGCGUGUGGCAAUGACCCACGAGUUCUUGGCAGACGUUGAAGUGCUGCGUCAGGCGAGCGUGUGCGUGUGUACCUUCAGCAGUAAUGUGGGGCGUUUGGUCGCACUGCUGAGAGACGGCCCCACCGUGUCCAUGGACAUCGCCGAGUGGACCAACGACUAG